UGAUUCUUGUGUAUUUUCAGCGUUGUUUGUAGUUUGUUCUUAAUCUUAUCUCUCUUUUUCGAAGUAAUGUGAAUUGUUUCGGCUAAAUUUAGAACGUUUUACAACGGGCUCUGCUAAAGUGUUCACCUGAAUGAUGGCAGCAUCAGGGAAACUGGCAUCUUUCCGUCUGCCUCCCUUGCCUACUCUAGGUGAGCUGAUAAAGCUGUACAACCUUCAAGCUGAGAAACAGCUAUCCCAGAACUUUCUGCUGGACUUGAGACUCACGGACAAAAUAGUGCGUCAGGCAGGGAGUUUGAGGGAUGCCUAUGUGUGUGAGGUGGGUCCUGGUCCCGGAGGCCUCACCCGCUCAGUCCUCAAUGCCGGUGCAGCAGACCUGCUGGUGGUGGAGAAGGAUACACGCUUCAUUCCUGGGCUAAAGCUGCUGUCUGAAGCAGCACCUGGGAAGUUAAGAAUUGUCCACGGUGACAUACUCACCUACAGGAUGGACCGAGGGUUCCCACUGAAUAUUUCUAAGCCGUGGGAGGAAGAUCCACCAAACCUCCACAUUAUAGGGAAUCUCCCAUUUAACGUCUCAACCCCCCUCAUCAUCAAGUGGCUGGAGAACAUAGCCAACAGAACAGGGCCCUUCGUCUAUGGACGCACCCGACUCACACUUACUUUUCAGAAAGAGGUGGUAGAGAGACUGACAGCCAGUACAGGCAGCAAACAGAGGAGUCGCCUGUCCAUCAUGUCUCAGUAUCUCUGUACUGUCCGCAGCUGCUUCACCAUCCCUGGACAGGCCUUCGUGCCCAAACCCAAGGUGGAUGUGGGAGUAGUUCACUUCACCCCUCUGGUCCAGCCCCAGAUCCAGCAGCCCUUCAAGCUGGUGGAGAAACUCGUCAGGAACAUAUUCCAGUUCCGCAGGAAGCACUGCCAUAAAGGAAUAGAAAAGUUGUUCCCUGAGGUGUGUCGUGUGGAGCUAACACAGGAGAUGAUGCAGAAGGCCGAUGUGGACCCCACUCUACGCCCUACAGAACUCACCAUGUCCCAGUUCAGGGCUUUAGCAGAUGCCUACGCUCAUCUCUGCACCCAUGAACCCAGUCUCCUCGGCUAUGAGUUCAGAGAGGAGCUCAGAGAGAAGCGCCUCGCCGGGCGAAAAAACACACCAAUGAAAACAUUUAUGGACAUGCCAGCUGACACGCCAAUAAGACCUCAACAAACCUGCUGGAAAUAUAAAGAAAGCAAGAGAAGCCCACUUGCACAGGAGACAACAGACAGCUCUUAGCCUUGACAUUUCCACCUGGCCUAAGCUUAAAUUUUUAAAACAUUUUUCCCUGCACCCUGGGAGCAAUAGGUAGCUCAGUAUACAUGAAAUCCUGUGAUAGAG